AAAGAAAGAAAGAAAAAGCCAACAAACCAGCAAGAAAGCAGAAGCUCCUGACGCGGCGGGCGGAGCCUCGGCGGGCCAAUGCGCGGCCCCGGCGGCGGGAGGGCGGGCCGGGCUCGGCGGGAGGAAGCGGCGCGGCGGCGGCUCGGCCCGAUGAGGGCGGCGGGGCCGGGGGAGCGCCCGGGAGCGGCGACGGCGACAGCGACAGCGGGCGGCGGCACCUGGCUCCUGCUGCUGGCGGCGGCGCUGGCGCUGCUGCUCACGCUGGUGGUGCGGCAGCUGCUGAAGCAGCGGCGACCGCCCGGCUUCCCGCCCGGCCCCGCGGGGCUGCCGCUCCUCGGCAACAUCCCCGCGCUGGGCGCGGAGCAGCCGCACGUCUACAUGCGGCGGCAGAGCCAGAUCCACGGGCAGAUCUUCAGCCUAGAUCUCGGUGGUAUUUCUGCUGUAGUCCUGAAUGGCUAUGAUGCAGUGAAGGAAUGCCUUGUCCACCAAAGUGAAAUUUUUGCAGACAGGCCAUCUCUUCCCUUGUUUAAAAAGCUGACAAACAUGGGAGGCUUACUGAACAGUAAAUAUGGCAGAGGAUGGACAGAACACCGCAAAUUAGCUGUAAAUACCUUUCGAAUUUUUGGAUAUGGCCAAAGGUCCUUUGAACACAAAAUUUCAGAAGAAUCUCUGUUUUUUCUUGAUGCCAUUGACACAUACAAGGGCAAACCGUUUGAUCUUAAGCACUUGAUAACAAAUGCUGUUUCAAACAUUACUAAUUUGAUUAUUUUUGGAGAACGUUUCACAUACGAAGAUACUGAAUUUCAGCACAUGAUUGAGAUUUUUAGUGAGAACAUUGAAUUAGCUGCUAGCGCUUCUGUAUUUUUGUAUAAUGCUUUUCCUUGGAUUGGUAUCUUGCCAUUUGGGAAACACCAGCAGCUGUUUAAAAAUGCAGCUGAAGUCUAUGAGUUUCUUCUUGAGCUUAUUGAACGUGUCUCUGAAAAUAGGAAGCCUCAGUCACCUCGACAUUUUGUAGAUGCAUAUUUGGAUGAGAUGGAUUGCAAUGGGAAUGACCCAGAAUCUACAUAUUCAAGAGAAAAUUUAAUUUUCUCUGUCGGAGAACUCAUCAUAGCUGGGACAGAAACCACAACAAAUGUUUUAAGAUGGGCAGUCUUGUUCAUGGCUCUUUAUCCAAACAUCCAAGGGCAAGUUCAAAAAGAAAUCGAUCUUGUCAUUGGCCCAAACAAAAUGCCCACCUUGGAAGAGAAAUGCAAGAUGCCCUACACUGAGGCUGUUCUGCACGAAGUUCUGAGGUUCUGCAACAUAGUCCCACUGGGGAUUUUCCAUGCAACUUCCAAAGACACUGUUGUGCGUGGUUACACAAUUCCUGAAGGCACCACAGUCAUCACAAACCUCUACUCCGUUCACUUUGAUGAAAAAUACUGGAGCAAUCCUGAAGUGUUUUUUCCUGAGAGAUUUUUGGACAGUAAUGGGCAGUUUGUCAAGAAAGAUGCGUUUAUUCCUUUUUCACUGGGAAGGAGGCAUUGCCUUGGAGAACAACUGGCUCGAAUGGAAAUGUUUUUGUUUUUCACUUCGCUGCUACAACGAUUUCACCUGCAUUUUCCUCACGGAGUGAUCCCAGAGCUCAAGCCAAGAUUAGGGAUGACCCUACAACCACAGCCGUACCUCAUCUGUGCUGAAAGGCGGUGAAGAGAGGGUUGGGAUGGGCAGGUGGAGCACAGUGCUCCAAGCUACAGCUCAGGAUCCGCUUUGUCUUCUAUCCCUAAAAGUGUGCAAGUCAGAAUAACAAAAAUGUAAAGGACUGCCAGAUAAAGUCUGGCUACUUGYGCAGGUAAAUAGUUUCUUUUUACUUGGUUUUCACAGAAAAGAAAAACAAACCUGAACCAAAAGUGUGAAACACAUCCUUUGUAAAAAUGAUGUUUUCACUCCAGAAGACUAUUUUAAAUCUAAGUUCUGAUACAGUCUUUAAAUAUUUAAUUACCAAGAGCCAUUUUCCUUUGAGAGGAUAUUUUCACAACAUGGAGAAUAUGGUUCAAAAUGUUUAUCCUUSAGUUCAUCCAUGGAAAAAUCCUUCACAUUAUUCCACCUACACCAUUCUUUAUAAUUCUCCAUUAAAUUUUCAUAACUAACAGGGGUUUAAAAGGUAUCUAUUUAAAUAUCUGUAACCAAGAAUAAACUAUAUUUUCCAGCCUUAAAAAACAGAUUKUCUAUUAAAGCGUUUUAAUCCUUCUUUCUCCUUGCCCUUUCUUCCCAGUUGAUCAUCAUUUUCUGAUGAAUCAGAUUAACUGUGAAUUCACUUUUAAGAUCUUUUAUGGCUUGCUUGUCACUUAGCAUCAUACACAAAGUGUUCAGUUAUUGCUGUACUCCUGACUAUUGCAGGACUCUUUUUUCCCCAGUACAUUGCAUUUCCAGGCACCUGUCCUCCAUUGCCUCCCAAUACAAAGUACUAUGUAAUGAUUAAUCUCUGCUUAAAUAAUCUGAAAAAAACAGUGUUUCUGUUACCAGAAUCACAUGCACUGGUGUGUAAUUCAUACCUGUACUACAAGUAAAGAAAAUAAGCUGCUCACCCUUCUGACCAGAGGAGAGACUUUUUGGAGAGGGCAAGUCGAACAGGAUGGGGAAAAMCAGAUUCUAAAUUAAUUUCAAGCACAAAUUUUAGGUUCAGAACUAAACACAUGCUGAGCAAGCAGCUAUUUAAGGACAGGGCUGAGCAUUUG